AUGCCAAUCAAAACGCAUGUUGAUUAUCCCUAUUUUCCUUUUCGAUUAGCAGUCGACUACGUGCUUGUCUCAAGAACCAGCGAUACAACAAACCAGAAAUAUAGAAAUUUGUUCGAAAAUGCAGCAAGAAAGGAGGGUCUCAUUGUCUCACAUGAGGUUUCGGGAAGCAUUCGCUUCGCUCUCAUCUCCACCCCAUUUCCCCGACUUUGCAAAGAGGCUGAGAAGAGUGCAAUGUCUUUCCCACUUAAGAAUUGUCCAAUCACUCCUGUGCAACCAACAUGCUGUAUCUCGCUCUCACAUUUGUUUAUCACUAAUGAUAAAGUCGGAUUUGUGAGCGCCCCGUACAAUCGAAAAUAUGCGCAACACUUUGAGAAUUUCGAUGAUCACACAAAAUUCUUCUCAUCAGCACAGCGCUCUCUUUUGACGCAUCAGAUUUUAAAAGAAAUAGACAUCAGUAAACAAUUGGAUGGCUUUGGAGCUGAAGAGAAGCAUCACAAGCGAUCGAAAGAAGAGAACAACAGCUUGUCGUUCACUGAAACGAUUCUCGGAGAGAAGCCACUUACCCGCAAGGGUUUACUGUAUUUGUUGAUGAAUGAAGCCUACGAGGAUUCUUUUAUGCUACAUGAGCCUUCUGAAGAAGAACCGUAUUUUCGUGAAAUGAAGAAUCGAAAUGUUGUCGAUUAUCUGCAAAUGCUUUCCGAAAUUGAGGACGAUCCAAGAAAGAAACUAGGAAAACAAUGGACACGAUGGUUUAAAUUUCAACCAAUCAAUCGAAUUCGUGACUAUUUUGGAGAGCAAAUCGCAUUUUAUUUCGCUUGGCAGGGUACUUUCAUCACGGUUCUCUGGGUGGCUACAAUAGUUGGACUGCUUAGUUUUACAUAUGGACUUGUGAAAAGUAUCAAUGAGAAUCCAUACGAGAAAUGCGUGAUUUCGAAUUCUUCAGGCUACACAACAGAGCUUGAUUAUCCGAGUUGCCAGUUUCGAGACGGAGCUAAACACUUUUUCUCGACAAUAUCCAACUGGUUCAUGAAAUCUUUCGACAACGAUUUGAAUCCAUUUUUCGCCGCUUUCAUUUCGUUAUGGGGAUCAGUCUUUUAUCAAAUUUGGAAACGAAACAACGCGGUGCUCACCUAUGAGUGGAAUUGCGAGGAUUAUACAGAAAUUGAGCCCGAUAGACCGGAGUUCGUUGGGACAAAGAUUGACAUCGAUCCAGUUACCGGUGAACCUGAAUGGUUUUAUCCGCAACUAUUGAGAUUCGUCAAGAUGGUGACCUCGGUUCUCGUGGUUUUACUUUGCAUGUCAACAGUAGUGAUUUCUGUGAUGGUCGUCACUCUCUACAAGCUUUACGCAAUUCGAACAUACGGAUGUGGUGUAGAGUCGACUCUCAUUUGUUCGGCCAUGUCUGCUUGGUUGCCAUCGGUUUUAAAUACGGUUUCAACAAUGAUUCUUGGAAACAUUUACAAUCGUAUCGCCGAAAUGCUAAAUCAUUGGGAAAACCAUCGAACUCAAUCUGAGCACAGCAACGCGUUAGUGAUCAAAAUUUUCGCCUUCUCUUUUGUGAAUAACUAUACAUCUUUAUUCUACAUCGCUUUCUUUCGUCCGGAAUCUUAUGCUUUACAAACCGAUGGUCUUUUUGGAUUGGGAACGGAUUAUCGCGAUACUUGCACCGAGGGAACAUGUGGUUCAUUGCUUGCUUUACAGCUUCUUUCUCACAUGCUCAUAAAGCCAUUUCCAAAAUUCUUCAAAGAUAUUUGUUGGCCUUACAUUCUGCACGUUUAUCGAACAUCGAGUUGGUAUAAUAGACACGAGUCGAUCGAGAAUAUUCUUAUGGAAAAAGAUGCAACGAAUGUGCUUGUUCGUGAAUGGUUGAAACCCUCAGCUGGACAAUUCACCCUAUGGGAAUUCAACGAAAAAGUGUUAUUGUUUGGGACAACUAUGAUGUUUGCCGCUUUAUUCCCAUUGUCUCCAUUGAUAGGGCUAAUUAUUGGACUCGUCGAUUUACGUGUCGAUGCGAGUCGACUCAUUUGGUUCAAUAGACGCCCUGUACCUGUUGUAACAACUGGAAUUGGCAUUUGGUUACCAAUUAUUACAUUUCUACAGUAUGCUGCUGUUUUGACUAAUGCUUUUAUUGUUGCAUUUACCUCGGACUUCUGCAAAAAUUUCUUUGGCAGCGCCAAUUCGCUUGUUCCGCUCUUGCAUUGUGAUGUUCAGGAUCGAUUGCUCAUCGUAAUUAUUUUCCAAAACGGGGUUUUCCUUCUAAAAUAUGUGAUUCAAAGUGUUAUUCCGACAGUUCCUGCAUCUAUUCGAGUCGCUACAAGACGAAAACGAUUUGUCGUUGGUUACCUGAUCGAAAAGGGUGAUGUGCCAAAAGAAGUGAAAAAACGUAAAAAAGUUCGCCAUGCAAAGAUGACUUGGAUAAUGAAGUUGACAAAGAGCCAAAAUGAAGCUCAACAACUGCUAGAAAAGCUGCCCAUAAUAGAAGCCUCACCGGACAAAAUGGAGCCUGCCCCGAUUGAAGUCUUCGUUAAGAGCUCCCACAAACGGCAUAGAAAGUCUGCUACUUUCAAGAAAAAGAAAACCAAAACCGGUUCUUCACAUUCCGAAGAUUCUCUUCCCCAAUCAGCAUCUAGCACCUUAACCAAAAUUAGCACA